UUACCCGUUGUCAUGGCAAUCACUCUUCAGUAUUAGAUAAAAAAGUCAGGAACAUUUUUUGGCAAAUUUAUUAUCAAAAUAAAUUAUAUUCUGUAAUCUAAUGCGCAACAAUGGAAUAUACGCUAAAUAAUGAAAUCGACUUUGAAGAAAUGCGAUGUUGUCGUGCAUGUCUGUCGGUCGCAUCACAAGAUGAACUUGCAGACUAUAUUGAUUUGUUGCAGUUAUACAGCUCCGAAAGCGAUACUCUUACAUUACUAGAGUUGUUCAAUAAAAGCACACAGCUUUAUAUUGGGGUAGAAGAUUUCCAUAUCGUAGGCUAUCCUCCUUGCCAUUAUAUAUGUGGUCGUUGUCGCCUUGAUCUUGUCCAAGCCUAUGAGUUUAUAACGCGAGCACAGUUGAAUCACCAAUUAUUAACACAGUCGAAGCAAGAGAUUAUUAAAGGAAAUGAAUAUGCAGAAGACCAUGAUCCCGAUGAAUUGGAAAAGGCGGAAGUUGAGGAGGAGUUUAUAGAAAAGGAUUUUGAACCUGUCGAAUAUGAACGAAACUCAAACAGCACUGGAAGUGUGUUGAAUGACGAUAAUAAUGGUUCAUACGAACCUUUACCAACUACACUCAUUAGUGUAGAGCGUAUUUUCUCUAACGAACCAAUUAUUUCAAAAAGUAACAUCAAUGUCUCAGAAGAGUCACCAGACGAUGAAGAAGCUAAAUCAAGUUCGUGUCUUAAAUUAUCUCAACGUGGAGCAGAGGAAAGGAAUACUGGCGAUGAGUCUAAGUCCUGUUUUGACUUCAAAUGCGAGUUUUGUACAUCGGUAUUCCAAUUCCAAAGAGAUUUACUUCAGCAUUAUGAAGUUGAACAUGGUACAUAG